GGAGCGCACGCCGGAAACUCACGUGCACGAUCUGCAACAGGAAGUGCUCGUCCUCUCUGAACCUGCAGGAGCACAGGAAGACCCACUCUGAGGAGAGACCCUUCCAGUGUGACGAGUGCAAAGCCUUGUUCAGGACGCCGUUCUCCCUGCAGCGCCACCUGCUGAUCCACAACAGUGAGAGGACCUUUAAGUGCGAUCAGUGCGACGCCACCUUCAAGAGGAAGGACACGCUGAACGUGCACAUCCAGGUGGUGCACGACGGACACAAGAAGUACAAGUGUGACCUGUGUGAGAAAGCCUUCGUCACGCCCUCCGUCCUCAAGAGCCACAAGAAGGUGAAUACAAGAGUUUCUGAACAGCCUCAAUCACACAGCCAUUACCGCCAGCGCUCUGUCCCAGAUUCACUUCAGAACAGACCUGCUGGGAAAUAA